AUGACUGCCGCGGGAGUCUCCCCGUCUAGCUCCCCACGUCUUCCAAGUCCGCCCCCGUUCACAGAGGUCCAGAUCGGUCCUCAAUCGCCUUCAGUCGGCGAGACAUUUGGCAAAGAUGGCGAACAACUUCUUGGCGCGCCUGCCGGAGAAGAGGAUGGAUCAACACGCAGGAUCCGUCCGGGGACCAAAACAGCUGACAUGGCCUUUGGACCGCCAUUAAUUCCUUUGUCGCAGCUCGACUCCCCCUUUCAGUUGCAGGAACACCUCAAAGCCUUGUAUCAUCAUUUCACUAAGCCUGAAGGCUCUGAUACUGUCAUCCCCAUCAGCCGCGAGGUCGCAAUCCAACUCGCCGAGCCUCCCGAGGGCGUCGAUAGAUCAUUAUGGCUUUACGAGUUAUGUCGCUUCCUAACUAUGAAAGUUAACAAUCUCAUCAUUGCUUUCUUCGCCGAAAGCCCUCCCUGCUCGUCACAGACUUGUCCCGAAAUGCGCGCCUCAGAAUGGCAGUACCUUUGUGCUGUUCACGAUCCCCCGAAAUCAUGCUGCGCUAUAGAUUACUGCUGCCACACCCUCGACUGGGCAACAAAUACCCUUACCUCCCCGAAGCACUUUCCUAGUCGGUUGACGCUCGGCUCGGAGGCUGGUGGUGGUCCCUCAACAAGCAUAAGACACUUGACUAAUAUCUUUCGCCGGCUUUAUCGGAUCUUUGCACAUGCUUGGUUUCAGCAUCGUGAUGUUUUCUGGGAAGUUGAGGGUCAUGAUGGGUUGUAUGUGUUUUUUAAGACUGUCUGUGACAUGUUUCAGCUUAUUCCGGAGGAUAAUUACACUAUUCCGCCUGAGGCUGAGGGGUUGGAUGCUGUUCAGCCUCGUGCGGUGGAAGAACAGCAGCAGCAGCAGCUGGCUGAGAGUAAACGAUUGACUAUUUUGAGGAAGGAUGAAGGUCCGUUUGCGGGUGGUGGUGGUGGCGGAGGUGUGGAGGCUAUGGAUCCCUCGAUUAGUACCGGUGCGACUACGAGAAGGCAUAAGCAUAGUCCUUCUACUGGGUCGCGGGUUACGACUAUUACGGAGAGUGCGGAGGAUCCGGAGGAAGUUCACGAAAUUCAAGCCCCGCUACGUGAUGUUAUGACGGAGUCGCAUGAGCCUUUCCCUUCUGUUAUUGAGAACGAUUCUAGUACUCCUCUACCUGAGACAGAGGCUGCUCCUGCGAAUGAAGAGAUUACCGAGACUAGCGAACCGCCCUCCGAGGCGCAGGAGCAGGAGCUCGAGCAGGCGGAGAAGGAGAAGGAAAGUGAGAAGGAGCAAGAGCAAGAGCAAGAGCAAGAGCAACCUCAGGAAGCAGCCGAGUCUCCAAUCGAACCUAAAGAGGAGGCCGCUGAACAGCCGGAAGCGAACGAGGCAGAACCCAAAACCGAAAGCUCAGCCGAAUCACCCCUGGAGGGUGAGGAUGCAUCUGCACCUCCUGCCGCGGAGGAGGCUAAAGAACCAGAAGCCGCAGUGCCUGAGUCUGAGGCUGGGUCUGAGCCCGAGCCCAAGCCCAAGUCUGAGGCAGACUAA